AUGUCUCACCUCCCUCCCAAGCCCGACUUCGACCAACCUCCUCCACCUCGAUACCCUCCAGAUUCCCGCCACUAUGCUCGUCCUUCACGUAUGUCGACGCCCGACCGCACGUACCCACACCGAACUCGCGACAGCUACGUCCCCAGGUCACCACGCUCGAGACCGACGGGCGACACAUAUAUCGCACCAAGACCGAUGGACACUUACAGAGGAGGCUCACGCCCACCCAUGGUAGACUCCUACGUCGCGGCGUAUGACCACCGCCGAGACGACGACCGAUACCGCGAUGUCCACCGGGAUCGCGGCCCGCCAGGACACCGCGACUGGCGCGAGCGAGACCAUCCACCACAUGAGUACAAGUACGUGCGGGGGUCGAGCAGAGAGAGAGGAGCAUGGAAUAGGGAACGGGAGCAUGACCGGUGGCGCCGCUGGGAAGAGCCCGACCGGCGAGGGUACGACCGCCAGCGCAGAGAGCGCGACUACAGCCCACCGAGACGCCAAGACAUUAAAAGAGAGCGAGUGCGUGAUUCUCCCGAGCGUACAUGGAUCUCGCGUCCGUCGAAGUCCCCCCCGCGACGUAUGGCUCCUGAUGAUCAAGCAGAACUGUCUCCUUCUCGCAAAGAUCGAUCUCCACCUCCACACAUACGCACUCCAUCUCAGAGCAGACUAUACAGUCGGCCAUCUUCACCCACCUAUGCACGUACACGAGACCAACCUGCUCGUGGACGCUCGCGUUCAAUCGACUCUAGACGAGACUACUCUGCACCUCGCAGUCCUCGAGUAGAUGAUAGAUCCCUCGGGACUUCACGUCGACGCGCGUCUUACGACACCCACCGUGGCCGCGACAUGAGCCGUGGCUACAGCGCCAGCCCUCGUCGAAGGCGGGAUGACAGUUCCAGUCGCGAUCGCUCUCUUUCCGAUACAGACAUCCAUGAAGCAGGGGAGCUGGGUGACGAGCCUCUGCGCUCACGAACACUCUCCCGUUCCAGUUCCCCCUCUCGCUCGCGCUCGCGCACGAUGUCUCCGCGCCGUCACAAUUUAGACAGGCCACGCUCCCGUUCUGCGGAAGUGAUAUCACCUAGGUCCAGAAGUCUCACCCCACCGAUAAAACGCGAACCGUCUGAGCAGCCGUCGCCGAUAGAACCUCCCCAUUCGGACGCGAAAGGCAAAAGGAAAGAGGUUGUGCACGUAUACGACCAUGAUGGUGACGUCAAAAUGGAGGACAUUCUCUCCCCAUCGGGCUCGACUAGAGAAGCCUUUGAAGGUGGAUCUGCCCCGCAUCACCGUCGUCGUUCACACUCCCCGCUCGCCCCUUUGCGCAGUAUGCUCUCGAGCCCGGUCUCACCUCGCACACCACACCACUUACCUCCGAGGCCAGACUGGUCUCGUGGUACCGCACCUGCACCAGCGAGCGGCACGCCAGCCGAAGGUGGUCGGUCCACGCCAGACAUCUCUGGUCAUAACCUAGUCAUCCCCCCUACCAAGUCCACGUUGUCCGUGAUGCCUGAGGAGGCAGAGAUCGCACGGCUGAGAAGCCAGCGCACCCACCUUGCCGCGGAGUACGCCGCGCUGAGCAGGGCGACCAAACGGACGCUACACGAGCUGAAGAUGGCUUCCACUGAGCUGCGGUUCGCCGAGAGGCGGCGGGCGUUGGCGGACGCGCAGCUGGAGAAGGCGCGGGCUGGGAUACUCGGGAUAGACUACACGCGCAAGAUUGAGCUCGCGGGCACCACAAAUGCGUGGGGCGUGUAG